UUUUUCCCCAGGAUUCCUCUUUCUCAGAGUUAAUGUCGAAGGAGGUUUUUCAGGCUCACAACCCAAAUACUUUUUUCCUCCCAGGCGGUUACCGGGGCAUCUAAACAGAAUCGUCUUGUGUAUUUUGUGUAAAGGAAUCCCUCAUGGAUGUAAAAUCUGAAAGCUGGAGACGACAACCUAUGCCUCAGAAUCGAGCUGGACAGGACGACACGUCUCACAUAGCUUGGAGGAGAUCUGGAGAUGAAAGUUUCUGGGAUAGGCCUCCUCGUGCAGCUCGUCCACACAGCUGUAUUGAAGGCAGGCUGAAGGACGAGUGGCUCCAAAAACUUAACAAUCAACAGACUUGUCCGAUUCAACAGCAGCUGUCUCCUUACUAUCAGAAGAACGACACACCUCGGAGUGUAAGCCCCAGUCUGGCGGCAAGCUCUCGGAGCAGUCUGGAGUCUCUAUAUUCUGGACUGGAGCACAAAGAAAGGGUUCAAAUUAAGACAGGACAGAGCACUCAGAGAGCCAAGGUGUGCUGCCUUCCUCCAGUUCGGAUUGGAUGGCUGCCCUUACAGAGACACGUGGUGAGGAAGGAGACGCCAAUAAAUGCAUCUCAACACGAUGGCACCACCUGCAAGGUGAAGCUGAAGCCACCUAUUACCCCUGUAUUAAGCUGCAGUUAUGGCAAAGCAAAUGGAUCAGAGCCAAGAGAUGGGACUGCCGGACAUGGGAUCAGGGGGAUGUCUGGAGCCAUCUUUCUGCAGGCUGAUGGUAAAAGAAAGGCCACUCUAGCAGAAAGAGAUCAGGACACAGCACUUGAUCGGGCCACCAGCAUGCAGAACAAAUCUCAUGACAGAUUUCUGUGGCAAACCCCAGUGCACCAGAGAGGGAGUGUUCCUCAGGAAUCUCUCCUUAUAGCACCGCCUGUAGGUGGCAGAACGUCUCCCAAACACAGGAGCUCUAUAUCCUCCAUCACAAUCACCUCCAGGAAGGUCAUCCGUUCCUCAAGCCUGCCUGAUACCAGCAUAUCUGGCCAGGAUAGAAACAGGGAACCCAGCCCUAUGGCCCUAAACAACCACAUUACUGACCAAGAUUACACGAACACUCUAUGCCCGCCAGAGGUCAAUCCACGGAGGAAAACCCUUGUUGUUAAAAUUACUGAGCAAAGAGAAGAGACCAGUAGAAUUCUGCAGCCAGGUGCUAAAAAUGACCCAGUCUGUAGUUUCCCUUCAAGUAGGACUACUGGAGAAAACGAUUUCUCACGCUUCUCUACUAGAAGGAGCUCUGAUCUUGCAGCUUCUAACCUAUCCAGCGUGAAGAACCACCCCUUACUGGCUUCCUUGAGUGUGACUGGUAGAGAUAACCAUAUCCCAGAAAUGUCUAAAAUGACCCACAGAGAAUGCCAUUCUCAAGUCCCUUCCUGCCUAGCCACCCAAGAGACUCAGAUGCCAGUGGUGCUUCGGAGGAAACCCACCAUUAUCAAGGUGCAGGAGCAAAGAGAUACUUUCAGCAGAAAGGUCGAGGACCACAGAAGGAAAGUGGCCUACAGGCACAGCUUCAGUGACCUCAAAAUCACUGACAUGAAACCACAAUCAGACAAUGAACGCAUGCUUUCUGAAACUGAGAUGCAGGAUUUGAGUAGCAAGACCAAAUUGUAUAAAUCCACAAUGUCCCUCCAGCUGACAUCCUCCAAUGGACCUUGUCUGGAUGAUGCACACACUUUAAGCGGUUCCCAACCCCGGAGGCCUGCAAGUUGUUUUGCUAGUCUGUUUAGCCCUGUUGAGCCAAGUGCUGAUGGUUCACAAGGUGAUUCAGUUCACAGCACUUCUACUAUUCUUCCCCACAAGACAAAUAUUGACCCUGCGUGCUCUGCUGCCAGCAGCUCAAACAGGUGUUGGAGCACUGAAGGAGGAGCAGGGAGCCAUGACAAGAUUUAUACAAAGACAGAGAGCUCUGCUUCGGAUAAAGGGCAGCGCAAGAGGGAGUCUGCUCUCCCGAGGAACCAGCCUUUAACUCUCAUCAAAGUACCAGAAAGCUCAACCCAUGAGAACCACGAUGAUAUAGUGGCCCUGAAUGCAGCUGCCAUUAUAGCCAAUAUAAAGCUACAGUGUGAGCAGCAGAAGAGAACCCAGACCAAUGGCAACACCACCAGAGAGAGAGACUCCACAGCCCUGAGCAAUACUGCAGGGCCAGAGCUGAUGAAGCAAAUAUUGCUGAGCAGAGUGUAACUGCUUCCUGUCCUGUAGAGGGUGAGACAGCAGAACAUAUGAAGCCAUGGCACGCAGACUUUGUUCCACUUGAGACCACUGAUGACUUAUUAUCACAAUCUCACACAAUCAGUAAAGCUCUGGCGCAUGAGAGGUCGGAUUUCAUAAGGCAAACUCAGGCACAAAGGAGACAACACCUGCUCAACACACACACACACAACAGUACUAUCAACAACAUCUGCUCAGGGACAGAGAGAAAGUUUUGGAUCCGGGUCUAAAUAGAGGGAAAGACUGAAACAGUGGGAGAGAGGUUAAUGAUCUCGUUUUGCUGCCUCCUGUCCAGUCUGUUCCAGCACACUGAAGCUCCCUGAAGACUCUCCCUCGCCCUCUCACUGCAAGCACAAUGACUCCAAUAACACAAUGCAUUUCACUAAUGAAAAUACUCUGCAUUUAUCAAGUGACUUCUUUAUUAGAGAUUACUGAGAUUAACUUUGCUGAAAGUAAGAGCAGGAAAUUUACUAAAGUGUGCUGCAUUGAGGACAUUUCAAACUACAGCUGGACGUCACAGUUAAAGUGUGCCUUAAAGUAUUUUAAUUUAGCAUAAAAUGAAAUAUUAAAUAUAACUACAUUGUAAAACCGGAUAAGUUCUUUAAACUCAAAAAAAAUUGAGGAAACUAAUUACCUCAAAAUUUUUAAGUUGAUAAAACAGUUUAUUUAAGCCAAAUACAUUUAAAUAGAACAAAAGUACAUUUUAAAUUACAAAGUUUGAGCUUAAUUUUUGUUAUAUUUAAGUGUAUUUGGCUUAAAGAAAUUGAUUUAUCAACUUAAAAAUUUUGAGGUAAUUACUUUCCUCAAUUUUUUUGAGUUAGAUGAACUAUUCGGUGUUAUUUACUAACAGCUUUUUAAAAAUCUUGCCGUAUACUAUAUCUCAGUUUACUUUUUAACAGUGGCUAUUGAGCUUCAUCUAGCAAUAUUAUGUAGACUGCAAUAACCUUUAAAGCGCAGGAUUUUUGAGUGUAAAAAGUGUUAAAUGGUCCUAGCAAAUUACUGGUGUCAUUAUAUGAAAUACACACAGUGGCAUUUAUCACUGCAA